GUGUUCCAUCGAGCGCUUCUUAGUGGUCGGAGAGGGUGGACUUGCCGCUACCCUCAAGAGGAUCCCGCAUGUCAUCACUGUCUUUGUUGACAACGGAGUCACCUUCGUCAAGGCGUCUCAGUCAGCAGACAUCGACAAAAAUCAGUUGAUUGAAGAAGACAAGCGCUACCGAAGGGAGGUGGCCAAGAAGAACGCAGCCAAGGCAGCUGCAAUGGGUACCUCGAAGGCGAAGCUUUCUGCUUGCAAUGCCGCCAGGUGUUUCUGCUCCAAACGACACGCAGGUCGGCCCUGAGGGGAAAACGACCUGCAGAGGAUGGAGCAGGGAACGCAGAUAAUAAAAAGCAAAGGAAUGAAGCAGAAGUGGAGACUUUGGCAAGGAUGCUGAUCCAGGGAGUGGUCCGAGUCCUGCAGAACCGGCAAAAAGCCAACAAGGGCGCUUUGCCCAUGAACGAGCUAGAGACGGAGUUCAAGGAGCUCUGGAAGGUUCCCUUCAAUGUGAAGCAGGCCAACGAGACCGACCCUGUGGCAUUCUUGCGGAAAUGGCCCAGCAAGGUCGAAGUGGUCCCGCAGGGCGAUUCCUUCGUGGUCCAACUCGCCAAGAAGGGGGCCUUCAAGUCCGGCUUCGAGGAGCAAGCCACAACCGCGGCCUCGCCCUCGGCAGGCUCCACGGAGAAGGCGCCCGAGAAGGCGCCGGAAAAGGCGCCGGAAAAGGUGCCGGAGAAAGCGCCGGAGGCCGCUCCGGCGGCGGAGGCGAAGAACGGCCCCGCCAAGCGACCAGGAGUCAACAAAGUCCCGUCGGACAUUCGAGACUUCCUGUGGAACUUGCACACCUUGCUGCAUGCACAUGGAGGUGGAAUAGCCAUUGAUCAGCUGAAGGAGGUGUACUUUAAGCACUUUGGGCACAAGUGUACAGUGGAACGGUUCCUGGUAGUGGGAGAAGGUGGCCUGCAGGGAACCUUGAAGAGGAUACCCCACAUCGUCCAGAUAGUCCAGGAGCCUGAGCCCACCCUGCAGCCGAGCCUCCCGGCAGGCAUAACUCGGGAAGAGCUCACUGCAGAAGAUGACAAGUACCGAAAAUCCUUGGUGCACAAAGCCAAGGCGGUGCUGCCAAGGCAGAGCCAGCCAAAGCACCAGGACCCUCACCCGAAGGUGAAAGAGAUCCGAAGAAGGCAAGAACGGACGAUCCCGAGACUUUGCAGCGCAUGCUCAUCCAGGGCGUUCUACGAGUGCUGCAGAACCGCGUGAAGGAUGGCAAAGGGCCAUUGCCGGUCGCCGAACUGGAUCAAGAGUUCGAGGCUGCAUGGAAGGUACCUUUCAACCUUCAGCAGGCCGGAGAGAAAGACACCGUCCAGUUCUUGCAGCGGUGGCCAACCAAGGUGGAGGUCUACAGAGAGAACGGGCGAGACGUGGUCAGCUUAGCCAAGAAGCCUGCCGAGAAGGCCAAGGCCACUGCGGUGAAGGACCGUAAGGCAAAACAACGGACAAUGCCACUGCAUUGCUUUGUUCAUUCAAAGGCGCUAGAGGAAAGUGCAGACUCUCACCAGGCCAAGAGCAUGUUGCAGAGCAUGAAAGAUCUCGUGGAACAGCAAGAGGCCCUGGUGAAGGCUUUGACUAAGCUGCAGAACUAGUUGGUGAGGCACUCGCCCUGUUUGUGACCCGGCACAUCCGCGAAUCCGAGCAGCCUGUUGCAUAGGACUUUUAAUUAUCGGUGUAAGUGACACAUGACUA